UUACUCUUCAAAGUUGAAGUUCAUUUCCUUGCAACAUGGAUGAAGGAAAGAGAUCAAAAGGACUGGGCAAAUCAUGUGUUCUCCUUAUAGUGAUAGCUGGGGUGGAGAGGCUUGCAUUCAAAGGGGUGGCUUCCAAUCUCAUUACUUAUCUGACGGAUGUCGUUAAAAUGGGCAACUCCUCGGCAGCCAAAACUGUAAACAACUGGUGUGGAGUAACAUCCAUCCUCUCCCUAUUAGGAGCACUUGUUGCUGACUCAUACUGGGAUCGCUACUCCACCAUCAUAGCUUCCUCUCUCCUUUAUGUUGUGGGGCUUGCAGCAUUGACAUCAACAGCACUGCUAAGGGCAUGGCUACCUCCUAGCAAAACCAGCUCUUCAUUGUCUCUCUUUUGGUCACUCUAUUUGAUUUCCAUAGGGCAAGGUGGAUACAACCCUUGCUUGCAGGCCUUCGCAGCAGAUCAACUUGAAUGUGAUGAUGAGUUGCCUUGUACCAAAGAUGACCAGAGUACAAAGAAGAAAAGUUCAUUUUUCCAGUGGUCAUAUUUCAGUAUAUGUACAGGUAGCCUAUUGGGUGUUUCUCUUAUGUCCUAUAUUCAAGAUACUUUUGGUUGGGGAUUGGGAUUUGCUAUUCCUACAAUAGCAAUGGUGGCUUCUGUUGUAUGUUUCUCAUGUGGGACUCGAACCUACAUCCAUAAGCAGCUCAAGGAUGAGAAGAAGCCCAUAGAAGAGAUAAUUCAAGGCAUUAAAGAAACUGUAUCAAAAAUGUUGAAUGGCAGGAUCACCUUGCCAGAGAAAGACUCCGACAGGGUUGAGCUCGAGCUACAGGGGAGUCCACUUUGCAAUCAAGAUUCUGAUAGCUCCAAAAGAAUCGAUGAAAACCCUAACAAUGAGAUUGUUACAUUUGACAUGAGACGGCUACUGAGGCUCUUGCCCAUAUGGGUCACACUUCUAAUGUUUGCUGUUGUCUUCCAACAACCAGCUACCUUCUUCACUAAACAGGGAACAACCAUGAAGAGGAGCAUUGGAAGCAGCUUUGUUAUCCCUCCUGCAACACUACAGACUGCUAUUACUAUCUCAAUAGUACUUCUAAUGCCUUUAUAUGACAAGAUGGUCAUCCCCUUCAUACAGAUUAUCACUCGAACGGAUAAAGGGAUCACUGUGAUGCAGAGGAUGGGAAUUGGGAUGGUUCUCUCAAUUGCUGCCAUGGCAAUAGCUGCAAUUGUUGAAACAAAGAGAUUGAAGAUCAGUAAAUCUGGGCUUCUUGAGUCACAAUCAUCAACAGUGCCAAUGAGUAUCUUCUGGUUGCUACCUCAAUACAUUCUCCUUGGUAUCUCAGAUGUGUUUACUGUUGUUGGAAUGCAAGAGUUCUUCUACACCCAAAUGCCUAGUAGGAUGAGAACCAUGGGCAUAGCUCUGUAUCUUAGUGUUUUUGGGGUGGGAAGCUUUCUUAGUGCCCUUCUGAUCUCAAUCAUUGAGAUUGUCACAUGUGCAAGUGGGCAAAGACAAAGCUGGUUCUCGGAUGACCUGAGGCAAGCCCGACUAGAUAACUACUACUGGCUUCUGGCUCUGUUAAGCACCUUGAGCUUGAUAGUGUUUAUAUGUUUAUGUAAACUCUAUAAUGGUAGGAACUAGGAAUGCUUCUGCCACUGGGAAUUUAUAGUUUAGGUUUUUGUUUGACUUUGAAAAUAGUUAGUUUAUAUAUAGACCUUUUUCUUAGU